AUGGAUCAAUCGUCGCCCACCACUCGCCCGCGGACUACCUCUCGCGCCUUCAGUCACAAGUCCGAUCACAGUCGCAGCAGCAAGCAUGAGGUGUUGGUUGACAACCCUGCCGAGAAGCAGCGCCGCGACAGUUUCUGGAAGGGCGGGUCCAAGGCGAACCCAAAUGCUGCUAUCAAUGAAGCCCAGCCUGGAGGUGUGUUCUUCUCUCUUUCUGACUUUUCCAUCACUGUCUACCCCGACUGCCUGAUUACCAUAAUCCUGCAUUCCNNCAAUAUGGCCGACAUUGCUGUUAGCUUUCCCGUCACUCCCGCUGACCCCAACAAAGAUGCCGCCGUCAUGGAGAAGUCGACCCUCGAGUCGCUGCGCCAUGUCCAACACAAAGAUAGUAAUGGUAAUGUAAUCAGUAAGUCAAGUCUUCUGUUGCCGCCUCUCGAUGCAUUGUCGCUGACCAUAUCCCGCNNAGCUGAACCCGAUCUUUCGAACCCAACUCGCCCUCGCUGGGAGAGACCUCUGGACACUAUCAGAUCAUUUGAAAGAGCCAUUGAUGGCGGAUAUAAGCGUCGUUCUGUGAGCAGAUCUGGUACGUGCGCUGUCAAUCUCCAGACCCCGGGACGCCCCACUGACAGACAUCAUNNAGAGAGUUAUACCUACAACAACCACGACCAGAGCCGCAGGAGCAGCUACUACGGCGGCAACAACCACGAUUCCGCCCGCUACGAAAAUGGCUCGCAAUACGGCGGUCACUACGCAUCGCGCCGCCAGGAUGGUUAUUCUGACGCCGGUGUUCCUGGAGGCCCUCCCAGCCGCAACCAAUACGCAAGACGCAUGAACUCGAGUCGUUCCAACAGCGCAUACGGAUUCUACCCUCAGCACAGCUACAACGACUCGUACGAUGCCGGUGCGCAACACAGCGAUGGUACUGGACCUUGGGCAAACUCGACAGACCCCAGCAGCGAGAACAGCUCACUGGACCGCGCCAACGGCGUUCCCAAGCAGACCGACCCAUAUGGUUACGAUAUUUACAACGGACCUCCGAUCAUGGAGGAGUAUGCUAGUGAUUCAGAUGGCGGUUACGGCAUGUCGCACGGCAACAGAAACGGGGUCUCAGGUGGAAACCUAGCGGCCCCGACGCGUUCACAAGCACCGCCUGUCCGCGCACCUAUUAAGCUCGGUGGUGCUGAUGGUGCACUCGCUUCCCAAGGUGGAAGCCUGCCGCCUGCUACAAGACCUACUGCAGCAAAAGAGGAGAAGAAGAAGGGUUUCUUCAAGAAGCGAUUCAGCAAGGGCUAA